AAGUGAAAUAAAGUAUAUGCAAGACCGUAGCCCCUUCACCUAUAAACAAAAAUGGCGGACGUUGACAAGUGGAUAGAAAUUGCGAAAGAGUGCAAGUAUUUGCCCGAAAGUGACCUUAAGAAAUUAUGCGAAUCAGUAUGUGAAUUGUUAUUAGAAGAGGGCAACAUCCAGCCAGUGUCGACCCCUGUUACUGUAUGUGGAGACAUACAUGGUCAGUUUUAUGACCUCGAAGAACUCUUUCGAACUGGGGGUCAGGUUCCCGACACAAAUUACAUAUUUAUGGGUGAUUUUGUAGAUCGAGGAUACUACAGCCUAGAAACCCUUACUAGACUUCUCACGCUUAAAGUGAAAUGGCCGCACAAGAUAACGCUACUUCGAGGAAAUCACGAGUCUCGCCAAAUUACUCAAGUUUAUGGGUUCUACGACGAGUGCCAAAACAAAUAUGGAAAUGUUAAUGCAUGGCGGUAUUGCUGCAAAGUCUUCGAUCUUCUGACUAUAGCUGCUAUUAUUGAUUGUGAAAUAUUUUGCGUCCAUGGAGGAUUGUCUCCAGAAAUUAACACCCUUGAUCAAAUUAGAACAAUAAACAGAAAUCAGGAGAUUCCACAUAAAGGUGCCUUCUGUGAUUUAGUGUGGAGUGAUCCAGAGGAAAUUGACACAUGGUCCAUGUCUCCUAGGGGAGCUGGUUGGCUCUUUGGUGUGAAAGUUACUCAUCAGUUUAUGGAUACCAAUAGUUUAAAACUCAUCUGUAGAGCUCACCAACUUGUUAAUGAAGGCAUCAAGUAUAUGUUUGAAGGAAAACUAGUGACAGUCUGGUCUGCACCCAACUAUUGUUACCGAGCAGGAAACGUAGCCUCCAUCCUCUCCUUUACGUCAGCGAGCGAAAAGCACGCCAAGCUCUUCGAUGCUGUUCCAGAUGACAAGAGAGUGAUUCCUCCCGUACACACCACACCUUACUUUCUGUGAGAUGAUUCUGGGCAAAGUUUUAGUUCACGUGUAUGUAUGUCAGCUGGCGUUUGUAUUCCCUGCCUCCUAGUGUGAACGGGUAUUGGGUAUGAGUUUUCCCCUCGUCAAGGUGUGUGGCCGUGUUCGCAUUUCAACUUGUGCACUGUAUUCAGGUGCAGUCAGUUGUUGUGCUCACGUGUCGCCUAAUCUUGCAAUCCAGUCACUUCUGAAGAGUCGUUUAUUAUGUGAUCCAUCUUUUGAAGUCUUAAGACAAGUUUCUCCUAUACUGUAUGCAGUAUGACUCAGUGAUGUAUAUAUUUAUAAAUUUUUCCUUGCAAGUCUCUCUCUUUAUUUUUUCUUUCUUGGCUGGAGAAACUCAUCCUAAAAUAUUGGGAAAAGAGGGUCUACUGUGAUGGAAACAACCACCCAGACCAGGUUUUAAAUAAGGAAGGCUUUGUUUCAUUGUGCCUUGAAUAGGAUUGAAUAGGAACGAGUGUUUUGAUCAUUCAUGGCACGUGCAUUGGCCCUCAUCGUCGUGAUGUGUCCAGAGAAAUUUUAUGCAAAAUUGUCUUUUCUUUUGACUCGUCAACACUCCUUCCUACGAAGAAGUAUCAAAACCUGGUGAAAUAAAAAAAAAAAAUAGUAAUAAAAAAAAGUGGGUCAGAUUUAUGUAAAGGCAGACUAUUCAUUGUUACUUAAAUGGUGCUGAUCAUACUGAUGCUAAAGUAGGAUCAUUUUUAUCAUUCACAUUUUUUGAGACUUCAAAUUUUUUGUUGAAAAAAAGUUACAAAAAGUUUAGAGCCAGUAUGAGAUUAUUGUAUAUUUUGUGACAAAUUUCUUCUUUUUUUUUUUUUUUUUUACUGUUAUUCACAUUUAGGUUAAACUAACCUGUCUUUUAUGCAGAUGGUUGAAGUAAAUAUAAAUAUAUAUAUACUUACUGCAGGGAGGAGCAGUAGAAAUUUGUUAAAACAACCAUACAUUUCGAACAGGCUAGUUCAAUUUUUUCUUUUAUAUGGAAUCAGUAUUUAUAAUAGUUAUUUUCUGAUGACUUAAGUACAAGUUAAAGUGGAAGUAUAGAGAUUUGAUAUUAAGGUGAGUCCUUUGUACUUGUGGAAAAGUAUUUAAAAGUGGGCGUAGAACUUAUGUUUACAAGUGAUCUCCAUUGAUGUGAUGGUAUUAAAGGCUAACUGACAAAGAUUGUGUCACCAUGAAGUCAGAGAAUUGCAGGGGAAGUCGGUUUUUUCCUGAUUAUGCAGUAGCUUUGUUAUUAAUUAUUAAUGUUUCAAGUUCCAGUGACAGUACUACAUCCAUUGUUACUCAGAUGUUAUGCCUAGGAAGGAAUUUCGCUUCUGGGAUAUUUCAAAGAUUUUUAACUCUUCCAUCAGUGCUUUUAUGAGUGGCUCCAAAAAUGGUAUACAUUAUUUUUCAUAGAUUAGAUCAUUCCAUUGAUAUAUAUAAAUAUAUAUAUAUUAUAUACAUUAUUGUAGUUCUUUAGCAAUUGCAGUUCUUGGAGAACAUGAGGAGGUUUGCACUUAAAACGGGUGUCGUUUUUUGCAUGUAUUUAUACAGUAUUCUCUCGUAAUAGCAUUCCGAGUCUUCCUUUUCAAAGUAGCAGGUCACGAAACCAUGUGGGUUAAGUUGAUGGAAGUUGAAUUCCAAAAUCUUCCCUUUUUAGGUCAUCAUUUCAAAUAAUGAUGUGAUACAAAUCAUGGAUAUUCUUGCGUGAAGACCGUUUUGUUAUGCUUUUCAAAAUGCAAGUCAUCCGUUUCCUAUUUAUUUUCUGCCUACUUAAAGUAAUAUCUUACAGUAGUUACUCCAAGCAUAUGCUGUAUUGUAAUCCUAUUUUGUGGCAAACCAUUUUAACAUACAGGCUGUUCAUGAUUUUAUAGUAAAUGACGUAAAAUGCAGGCUACGGAUUUGAACACUAGUCAUCAGCUGUCUGUGAUUUAUUUCUCUGACCCAUUGACCUUUUUCUCGAAGGAUAUGGUCUUGCAUUAAUGAUGGUCUUUCUGGCUAUUGUAUGGCAGCAUUUGAUUUAUCUUUAGGAAAUCUCUUCUUGUAGUCGAGUGCUUUUCUUGUUGCAUCAGGUGGUCGGUGUCGCUCAUGUGUUUUAAAAGAAAGUCCGCUUUGUUAGAAAUUGAUAGUGCCUUGUAUGAUUCUGAAGUAUAUACACUAAUAUCUUACAUAGAAGAUUUUUUUCUUUCAAAGACAAGACCCUUACUAAUGAUGCCAAAAUUUCAUUUAUUUUAUAUAGUAUAUAUCUUUUUGUGGGUAGUGCAAUGUAGAGGUGUCCUUGUAACCCUCCAAAUGCUGUGACUUGUUUGUUUCUCACAUUCCAUGUUAAAACCUUCUGGAAUAAGAGAAGUCAUCAGUAGUAAACACUUGCACCUCUCUCCUGGUAAAUUUUGCUGAUACGUAUUCCUAGCACUCAGCACAAAGGGUAUGUUUUCUUAUCUAACACCAUUUUAUUUAUUCUAUUCUUAAUGCAUGUCAUAGUUAUGGUUGUAUGCAAACUGCAUUUCGCAUGUAAUUUUGUUAUAGAUAACGUAUAAUGAUAAGGUGCUGUAAGCUGUUUGUAGUUUAUAGACAUCUAUACAAUCGUUUUCAUUAUGGCUUGACUUUGGAGUUUUAUUUCAUUCUGUAGGAGGACUAUCACCAAUUUUUCAUUGAGAUUUGUGCUGAAUCUCAUUCAUGAUAUGCAAACCGAGAGCUGUUGCACCAUGAAGCACACAAAUACUCAAUGAUUGAAGCACAGUGUCAGGCUUUCUGCCAGUGUCUUUUUCAUAGCAGACCUCCGCAUGAUUCCAAAAGUUGAAGUCAAACGGCACCUGAGGCACAUUAUGUUUUAGCAUUGCAUGCGAGAGGGACUGCUGUCUUCGAGCCAUUGUCUCGGGGAUGAUCGGUGUAAACAAGAGCAACAGCUCAGCAAUUUACAUUAACAGCUUGUAGUGGUGAGUGAUCCCUUUAUGGUUGUGAGAAUAUGUGGCGCACAUUUAGUCAUUUUAUUUCUUUUGUUACUGUGAACAGUAUUUUACUUAAAGCAUAAUGGUAGUGAUGGAUGGUAGGAACACUCCUGCAGAUACACUGCUGAGAAUCAAGUUGAUAUUUAGAACCCUGCCUGCUAUUUUCAUUGACCAAAGAUUUUAUUGUUGAUUCAUUCAUAUCCUGUACCUUUGCCAAAUUGUGAUGAUUUAUGCUCCCAGUUGAUGGCGGUAAAACAUUGCCUUUCUCGAGUGGGAAGCUUGUGGAAACGUCAAUAUUAGGAGAUGUUGGUUUUCCAGGUGAAUACAUAUUUAGUUUGAGGAUUUAGUUGAUGCUGCCUAGUUGCGAUUUUCAGACAUGGUAGCUGGUAGAUGUGAUAGGCAUUUUAUGUGAGCAUAAAGGGAUGAAUGCAUCUACUUUGGGUUUGAUUCAAAUGCUUGUGCAUGAGGCACCAUUUUACUGAUAUUAUUGUUACUUACAUAUUGGCAUUUAUAGUUCUGGCAGUCCGUGCUUGAUAGAUUAUGGUGUUCAUAGUAUUUAUUGUUGUUUAACCAUUUGUUAGUUUUGGUUAGUAUUUUGGUUUUGGCAAAUGUAGCUCUGCAUGCUGUAGUCCAGUAUAGUUUUGCUAAUCAUUCCAUUUGUGUCAGACAGAUGCAAAGUACUUACUUUUCUAAUGUGAGGAUAAGUUACUACUCAUUGUACACCGCAAAUGGUGGAAACUUAAAAAUACAGGUGUCUAAACAUCUAGAAUAGGCAUGUUAAACAAAGGAAUAUUUAGGGUUACAGUGAAGAAGAGGCAAAAGAAAAAGACAGGGUAGUUAAGUUAAUGGAUAAUAGUUCUUAGCAUAUUUAUAAGGGUCAGUUAUACUUAUAGGAUAGGUUAGGUUCUCCUUUUUUUUUAACAUUUGGUGGCUUACUUGCCUCAGUGGAAUCAAGAGGUGCUUCCAUAAAGGUUAAGUUGGCUUUCUUUCCAAACUUCUUCAAAUUAGCAUUGAAUUUACUUUAGUUUUUGGGGAUUGUAUUAAGAGAAGAUGCCACCUAAAAGUUACGGAUCUGGACAGUAAUGCUUUCGCAUGCAUUCUUGCUACUGUGUUCAGAAAAUAUUUUGUUGAUUCAUUCGUUUUUGCCAUCAGAUGUGGGUUUCAGUAGUCAAAUGGAAAGUUUAAGAAUAUUUUACCUCCAUAAUUUUUAAGAGAAGUCUUGUAGACCUAUGCUUCCUCACUGCUUGAAAUCAUCAUGAAUUACUGCCUGUUAUUUCUUUUGACAUUGUCUUCUUACCACGUUGGGAGAAGCAGUGGCAUGGCGUCAGGCAGUUACUAAUGUCAGUUACCCUCUAAGACCGCACAGACUAAAGUUAGCACAGGCUCACAUGAAAUACACCUCUGCUCAGCCAGAUAGCUGUUUUGCAAUCAAAAUGAAGAAGGAGAUCGAGGGAAUGCGAGAGCUCGUGUUAACGAUGCAGUCGAAGAACAAACUAAGAGAAAGUAGUAGUAGUAGUAGUCUCCUACCCAUGACUUGGCCAAAAUAGAAAUUUUUGAUCUCACUGAGUGGUUGGUCUGUUUUAACUGUGAAGCCCCAGAUGCCUCAUCGUCAUCAUCCACUGACUUGCUGUGAUGUCAACAUUACCUGUGUAUUCUAGUUAUACUCAAACAGAUUUCUAAACCAAUAGUAAACUGUGAUUGUCCCGAAACAUAUUCAACAGAUUGUCGUGAUACAGAAGCUUCUAAUACAGGCUUUUGAUGUGUGUUAAAUCUUUUUUUUUCUUUCUUUCUUUCUUUUUCUUAAUUUUUUUCUACUUCUCUCCUUGUUCAUACCUCUCUUGUCUGGAGUAUAUGUAAUGAGUGUCCAUAAUGAGAGAUUUUUAAUAUUUUAUUUUUUAGCCUAAGUAAUGGAGGCACAUAUGAGGUACAAAAAUAUCUGACUGUUAUAUAUCACUUAGGGAACCAAAGAUAGGAACAGAUGGCAUUGACAUCCCUCUCAGAGAUGAUGAAGCCUUAGAAUCAGUGUAAGAACUCUUGAUGUACUUGUCCCCUGCUCUCGUUGUUAUGGUUCUUUCAGAAAUAAUCCUGAAGCGAUGGAGAGAGAGAGAGAGGAAAACGUAAUAGUUCAGAAGGUAUUUCAAGCUGUUCUUUCCAAAUGCACAACUUAGUACGGUUCAGUAAACUGUAAAUCUUCCGUCAACAAGAGAGACAUAGUGUCUUUGUGGAGAUGAUAGAAUCAUCCGUUUUAAUCUUGUAGUUUUCAUCAUCAUUUUUUGUUUGACAAAAGAACCUUACCCUCUACUAUUUUAUCUGUGUAUCCCGAAAGUUUGCUCAUCUAAACCAAUAUUUCAACCUGCAAAAGCAUCAACAAUUGAAGUCAGAGGCAGUACAAGUGCAACUAUAUCAUAGACUAUAUUGUGUUUGAAGAGCAUAAAAUCAUAGAAUUACUGCAUUGAACAACACAUCUAGUUUGCACUGGAAGGAUAUGUCUGAUAUAUCUGUAUUUGUAGUCCUUAGCCAUAUGUCAUCUUAUUGCCAUAUCACAAUUAUUAGGUCUCAGUUGUAGUAUUUUCAAUUAUUUUUAAUUUUAAUGUUCCUAUACCAAAAUAUUCCUGUGAUCAAGAUUUUGACUUUGGAUAGAAUAAUAACCAUCUGUAAAUAGAAUUCAACAGUCCAAAAAAUAUCCCUCAGACAGAUUGUAAAACCUUAUGUAAAAAUAAAAACAUGCUUUCCAGA